AUGGAAUUACAAACUAAUAAUUUUUUACUAAUACUGUUGAUAUGUUACGGAAAUUUUUGUAUCGGAAGCGCUUAUUCAUUGUUAGCGCCGUUUUUUCCAACUGAGGCAAAAGUUAAAGGUUUAAAUGAGACAUGGAUUGGCAUUAUUAUAGCCGAGUAUCAAAUCGCCUUAUUUUUUGGUGCAGCAAUUUUUGGUAAAUUUAUACCACCGCUGAGCACAAAGUUUAGUAUAGUUAGCGGUCUAUUAAUAGCCGGUAUUUGUUGCGCUAUAUUUGGUGUACUUCAAUGGGUACCAUCGGGAACACCAUUCAUAGCAAUAGCAAUGGUCAGUCGUACAUUUGAAGGGUUAGGUUCGGCCGCAUAUUUUGUCGGUAGUUAUACUACUAUAUGUAUGAAAUUUCCAAAACAUAUAUCAAAAUUAUUUGCCACAAUAGAGAUGUGUUACGGUGUGGGUAUGAUAAUUGGUCCAGCAAUCGGUGGUCUAUUACAUCAAUUAGGUAAUAGCAGUGGUUUAUCGUUUUGUUUGCCAUUUUUUGUGAUGGCAUCACUCAUAUUAAUUGGUGUACUAUUGAUGAUAAUAUUGUUUCCAAAUAAAAAUGACAAUUUAACUCUAGAGAGGACAAGUGUUUUUAGUAUUUUAAGCAAUUUUAAUAUAACAUUAAAUGUCUUAAUUAGUGUCAACUGUCAUCUGCUAAUUGGUUUCAAUGAGGCAACACUUGAACUACAUUUGGAAACUAUUCAAAAGCUAUCACCGAUAACUAUUGGCGCCAUAUUUAUCAUAUCUGGUGUAUUGUUAGCACUGUUUAAUCAGGUUUGGGCCUAUUUUGCUGAUAAAAUGCCAAACUGUCAUCCAUUAUGUCUAAUAGGCUGUAUAUCAUCGUUAAUAUCUAUGAUAAUUAUUGGUCCAAUGCCUUUUUUCCCCAUUCAAUCAAAACUCUGGUUAACAAUACUCGCACAGGUAUUUGUGGGUCUGGGAAUGGGCGGUCAAUUUGUCGGCAGUUUUGUACAAGGAUUACGCGAAACAUUAAAGUCCGGAUUUCCCGAUAAUGUUUCCACAUAUGCAGUAGUUUCCGGUAUUUUUUCAUCAUCAUUUGCAAUGGGAUUGUCAAUUGGUCCGGGAAUUGGUGGUUAUAUGGUUGAAAAAUUG